AUGGAUCUGCAUGGUCGCAGCUGGGCCACACGCGCUUCUCAGCCCACAGAAAGUGUGAGUUGAGCUCGGUGCGCUGCGCAUACAUCGCCUAGCUUCUCUCACCCUUCAGCUCCAUCUUUCGUCGAUCCCAUGAAUCAGCGGCGCUUGGUCACCCAUAUUUCACAGACCGGCCACCGGACAUAGUUCAGCUGAUGUUGCUUGCUUCAGACGCCCUAUCCUCCUAACACAGCGAUGUUCGUCAUUGAUUGGCAGCCAUUCUCGACACUGUGACUUGCAUUUCUUUGCCCUGGCUCGAUCAGCUUUCGAGUCAUCCGCUGCAGCUCCUGCAUCAUCAACGUGCUGCGCGCCAUUUGCCAAGCCGCACGCGAAUGCUCUGCGCUCGCACACACAUCCAGCAGCCCUUUAUCGAAGGCCGUCUCAGACAGCGGGGCAUCGAGCUUGCGAUUCGGCCUCGACUCAGGACAGUACCGCUAUCACCACCGAGAGUACGUAUCACUCCGGACGAGACACUAUUCAGUGUCAGUCCCAACGAAUUGCGAAAGUACGGGCCGGGUUCAAGUGCUUCUGCUGUAGGCGACGCUGGCAAACACUUGGACAAGCGCAUCGACCUCAUCAGCACUGCAACUUCCCUCUUCGAUUUACGUGAGCGUAGGAGGUACAGCCAAAUGGCGGCGUGGCCACAAGUCAGAGGUGCUGGCGCGCAUGCCUCUUCCUACCCAGCGUAUACACAGAGCAGAGAUCAACAAGAGCAGCAGCACUACACCGAGCAUUCGUACCAGGGUAGACAAGCCACAGGCGUGCAAGUAGCGGAGUCGACUCAGACGUGGCAGAGUCAGCAGCAAGCACAUGGCAACUCUGCCGCGUCUCGAAGGUACGACUACCAAAAGUAUACUCAGCCUCAAGUGCGCUUGCCGCAACAUCACCACCCAACUCAGCAGCAGCAGCAUCAGCCACAAGAGUACCGUACCCAGCAACCUAGCCAGGAUAGUGUGUGGCAGCACGGCAACUACGGCGAAACGGGGCCACAAGCGACUCCGUGGGCUCAGUCUCUUGCAUCGCCGCAGCCAGUCCAUACCGGACAAGCAGUACAGUAUCCCGCCGCCUCGCUCGGUCAGCCCGAUUAUCAGCAAAGCUGGGCGGAGUCUUACCACGCACAAGUGUACAGGCAGGGCUAUCAGGCCGGAUACCAGGCCGGAUUUACUGCGGCGCAAGCUGGUCAGAGCUUCGGCGCUCACGAACGCGAAUUUGAUAGACGCCCAACGAGCGCAAAGCCUGCUCAUCUGCUGGGUCACGCAACUUCGGACAUGUCACUCACCUCAUCCUCGCCUCCAUCUUAUAGACACUAUACGACAUCUCGUGGCCAUUCGCCGGGGUCGAGCUCGCCAUCUCGACGGUCUCCUUACACCCCUUUGAAGCCUUUACCUCUUCGGCCAGGCCCACGCGACUCGUAUCUCGAAUCAGCAAACUCUGAGCCUCAGCCGUACCCUCCAUCGCUUUUGCGUCCACCUCGGCCGCUUCCAUUGCUGCUUUUGGACUUGAACGGCACGCUAGUCUUCAGAGGUGGUUCUUCCUUUGCCAGCAGCUCGAAUCCGACCAGGAGGCCUUACCUCAACGUGUUCCUCAUUUGGGCGUUGGGACUUCCGGUCACAAAUGUUUCACGAGAGGAAAGGCUUCGGUUAUGGGAAGAGUGGGACACCCAGAGGGACGGAGAUCAAGAAGAGGAAGGGGCUGAGGGUCUCGGAGAGGCUGUGGACGAUUUCUCACUCACCUCAAAGUGGCCUGUGGGGACCCGCUUCUGGAAACGAUCUGCGUCGCCAUUGUCGCAAGAGGGCUACGAUUCGGAUUCUCCCUUCACCGACUCUAUCUGGCGCUCACAUUCUGAGGAGCCGGUCGGAUCAAGCCGUGCUCGAGUCCGUCUAUUCCUGUGGUCCUCAGCUCAACCUCAAAACGUAGUGGCGAUGACGCGCGCUAUAUUCACACCUGGACAGGCAGCUGAACUGCUGAGGGUUUGGGCGAGGGAUACCUUGGUGCCAAAAAUCUUCAGAGCUAAGAAAGCUGCCAGCACCAAAGACUUGGAGGUGGUCUGGGCAGCGCUGAACGUGGAUCGAGCGGGGAAGAAAGGGGAGCUCAGGCGCCAACAUGAAGGCGAAAGGAGGGUGCAGGCAGACAGAAGAUUUGAAAUGGAUGGUCAGGACGUCGAUACAGGUACCGAAGAAAACCACGAAGGGCAGGAGAUGCACAAUACUCCGCAAAGCUUGUCGUCGAGUCAUAGCCGCGACGCGAAGGAUCCUCAGGCUGCGUUGGAAGCGGCACUUGGAGCUCACGCCUUCGUCAAGGUCCCGAAACCCCGCCUCAACGUCCAGACGGGACAAGAUGAAUGGGUCCCUGGGAGAGGAUAUGGAUCCCACAACACGCUGUUGCUCGACGACUCACCAGACAAGGCCCGCUUGCAACCUUUCAACCAUCUGCUCAUCCCCGAAUUCGAUGCUGUUAGGGCCAAGAAGGCGAGAAAGUGGAGAAUGGCCAAGCAGUCCGGGAAGAGCACCGGAGAUGACGCCAUGAUCGGGCCGGUGGAGGACGAGGAUAUUCUGGACAUGUCACGCGCAACCUCUAAUUCGGUCGACUCAGAAGCAGCGACACGUUCUACGGUGGAAGAUGACGAGCAGCCGAGUGCGGAUCAAAAGCGCGCUCUUUUGGCAGGAUUGAUUACACCUCCGUUGACAUCAGAAUUAGGCACCACGUCGUCUUCCGAUCGCGAAUCCAACCCUCAUCCCGAAUUGCGUCCAGACGAAGACCUGGACGAUGUCUUGCUCCAACUCAUUGGUGUCCUGGCGCAUGUCAGGUGGCAGCGCAACGUGUCGGCUUGGAUACGAUCAGGCGCGUUGGGCGCCUUUGGAGGCAUGAAGCAACCAGGCACAACCGAUGAGUUGGUGUCAAAGAUCCAGAGCGUCGAGUCACAGCAUCAGACACAUCGCGACGACUCGUCGUUGUCAUCAGGAGCAUUGAAAACUGAAGCAGAGGAACACGAAGCAAAAGAUCUCAGGCUACAUCACGAAUACGCGCUGAGAACUGAACAAUUUUGGACCGAGGAAGGUCGAGCCGCUCUUCGGGCGGCAGGGAUCCCUUGCACAGUAGAUUGA